UCGCGUAUUCGCUCAACUUGUAUUGCUGUUGUUAUUCUGUUAUUUCGAAAAAAUUUCCAUGUGCACAUACAGUACGAAAAUAAUAUAUGUAUACUGGAACAGAAAAAUGAAUUUUUGUUUCGCGCCGCGAACGUAAAUCUCAACAUGUUCAUCACAAAUGCAUGUGCUUUCAUUUACCGAUGCUAAAGUGGCGGCGAUGUAAACUAAAACGUGCUAAAGUAAAUUCGUAUCCUCAACAUGUUCAGGGUGCUUGAUCUUAAUCAAUUUUUGGAAAUAAGCGUAUGAAUGAGCGUGUCCGUUGCAAGUAUUUAUUAUAAAAGUAAUCAAGGAAGAUAAAAUUUGACCGAGUGGACGUCGAAAAUGAUAGAUUUACGCGAUGAGGGUGCAAACAAUGCGUCAAAUAAUAAAAAAUACGGUAAUUUAAAUAUACCAGUUACAUCUCAGCAAGGAUUAGCACCGCUUAGUCCUUAUUUGAACUUUGACCCCGCGUAUCUUCCUCCGAGUCAACCUGAAUAUAUAUUUCCGGAGGGUGCUUCAAAACAAAGAGGUCGGUUCGAAUUAGCUUUCAGUCAGAUUGGCGCAGCGUGUAUAACAGGAGCUGGAAUUGGUGGUGCAGAAGGCUUAUAUAGAGGUAUUAAAGCAACAUCGUUAGCUGGUCAAACUGGCAAGCUUAGGAGAACUCAAUUAAUCAAUCAUGUGAUGAAACGUGGUUCCUCGUUGGCAAACACAUUUGGAAUAGUAUCUGUGAUGUAUAGUGGUUUCGGUGUAAUUCUGUCUUGGGCAAGAGGAACAGAUGAUUCGUUAAAUACUCUAGCAGCAGCAACAGCAACAGGCAUGCUGUUUAAAUCCACAACUGGUCUAAGGAAGUGUGCAUUAGGCGGUUGCAUCGGACUAGGACUAGCAUCGAUAUAUAUUUUAUGGAGUAAUCAAGAAACCCUAUCGGAAUUAAGGCAUCGCGGCAUUAAUCCAGCAUAAGACAAUUAAAGUGAGAUCUAAGCGGGAUUCCAAAUUACUAGAAAUUUACAACAAAUUCGACUUGUUUUGUACAUAGAAAAUCUCCUUGGACGAUACUAUAGAAUAAACAAUUUAUCGAAAUACGCAUAGCCAGUCUGUAAUAUAAAUAAAGAAAAUUGUGCGCAGCAGUAUCUAUAUGUGUUUUUACAUGGAUUAAGUUUACUAUUACUUCAUAUUCAUUUCUAGUUUUAGAUUUAUACGUGAGUAUCUCUAACACAAACAGAAUUCACAGUUUACAGCACCUGGAUUACCAUUGUGUCAGUAACGCACGAUAAUCUUAUCAAAGUUUAUCUCCCUACUGCUAAGUAUUCUCACGUUUCACAUCGGUCGUGCAGGUUUUGAUCUGAUACAUAUCAACGAAAAACUAGAAAAGGUAACGCUCGAUUGAUUAUUCAAAUUUGUUGUAUUGUUCAAAGUUUUGGAUUUCGUCGCACUGUAGGUACAAAGUAUAUUUUUUCUUUGUAUCAUUGAAUGUGUCAUACUAUUUGUAUGUGCGUACACGUAUAUGUAUAUGCAUACAACAAGUAAAAAAUGACACUUUCGAUUCGUCAAUUGUGUAUAUGUAUGUAAAGGGGAAUUAGCAAAACGAAAAUAAUCUGUUCAUUUUCCGGUUUGUCACGUUCGAACGAAUAUCAUUUGACGCUUGUUAGAACUGUAUUGUGAAACGUGAAUAUUUAUUGAAAAAAUAUGAGGCAAGCCAUUCCUACUGUGUAAAUAUUUAAUCUCUACGAUCCUUGGCGUUCGUAGAUAUUGCAUCGAUGAGUAUUAACGAAAAUCCGCGGCUUAUUUGAGCAAGAAGAACACGCAAGCAGUAUUGACGGAUGCACAGACGAGACCCUGUGUGCCAAGGUUUCUCUAGAAUUAACGGGAAAAUAAUACUUUAGGAAAAAAAGUAUACACUUGAGACAUGUCUGAAAAUCGUUUGAAAAACGUUAGCGAUUAGGAAGAGGUACUUUCUCUUCGAGAUACGAUUUAUUAUAACGGUAAGCAAUUAUAUUAUUAGAUCAUUUUCUUCGUUAUGAGGCGCAUAGUUCCAUCAUACAUUGAUGGAAUAAAUUGAUAGAGAUGGAUGUGCCAAUGUAUAAUUAUAUUUAAUUCUUGAUUGUUAUUGUACGAUUGUUUUCAUACGAUCCUUACUCAAAAGGCACGCGCACUGGAAAUAUUUAAAGCUGGCUGAUCGUUCAUUU